AUUAAUGCCGCGCUUGAUGGAGUGCGGCGUUGUCCCAUGCAAAUCCGCCGCCUCGCGUCCUCCAAUCAGAGCGCGGCGUCACUUAGCGUCUUCCAAUGGGAGAUAGGCGCUCGCGCGGUUAUCUGCUCGCCGUCGCCGCUGGAGGCCACUGACCGGAGGACGGCGCUUCAGAUGCGGGCGAUCACGGCACUCAAAGCGGGCGUGAGAUCUGCCGGCGGCCGGCAUCCGGAUUCUGCUUCGGGACGCUCGUGAAACUCUUUUGCAUGGGAGACAUUCGCAGACUCUGACUUCCAGCUCCAGUGGAUGAGUUGUCGAGUUGAGUGCGCUGUUGUACUUUUUACGCGGAGCAUCCUGUGGUUCGUGCGCACCAAUGAUAGCGGUCGGGCAGAUGGAUAGUAACCGGCAGAGUGCGUUCGUUCUGGGCAGCACUCCUCUGGCUGCGCUGCACAACAUGACCGAGAUGAAGACCUCUUUAUUCCCGUACGCCCUGCAGAACCCCGCGGGCUUCAAGGCUCCUUCCUUCUGCAACCUGAGCUCUCAGAUCCCGCUGGGAACGCCGCAUGGAAUAAGCGAUAUCUUGGGGAGACCCAUCACCGCAGGACAGCUGCUCUCGGGCUUUCCCCGGAUCAACGGCUUGACAUCAGCCGGGAUGUACUUCAACCCCGCGGCGGUGUCUCGGUACCCCAAACCGCUGACGGAGUUGCCCGGGAGGGCGCCCAUAUUCUGGCCGGGAAUGAUGCAGGCUUCGCCCUGGAGAGACCCGCGGGUUCCCUGUCCGGCCCAGGCACAUCUGAUGCUGGACAAGGAUGGGAAGAAGAAACACUCCAGACCAACUUUUUCCGGACAGCAGAUCUUCGCGCUGGAGAAGACCUUCGAACAGACCAAAUAUCUGGCCGGACCGGAGCGAGCUCGGCUCGCCUAUUCUCUGGGAAUGACCGAGAGCCAAGUCAAGGUUUGGUUUCAGAACAGAAGAACCAAAUGGCGCAAGAGGCACGCGGCUGAGAUGGCCACGGCUAAAAAGAAACACGACUCCGAGACGGAGAGGAUGAAGGAGAGCUCGGAAAACGAGGAUGAUGAUGAUGAUGAUGAAUACAACAAACCUCUGGACCCGAACUCCGACGACGAGAAAAUCACGAGACUGUUAAAAAAGCACAAGACGUGUAACCUGUCCCUCAUCAGCCCGUGCAGCAACAGCUCGGACACGUUGUGAUGAUGCUGAGCUAAAGACUCUUCAUCAUCUUCAUCAUCAUCAUCCUCUGCUUCAGAUUCUUCUGGAGAACCGAGGCAGAAUUAAGCAGGGUAUAAACUCAGUUCUUUGCUUUGAAUGCGGUUGUACAGGUAGAAGUGGACGUGAGAUGUAUAUAUAUUUUUUACUGAGUAAAUUAUGUUAUUAAAGCAUCAUCAUCAUCAUCAUCAUUAAGAUCAUUUAGUCUUCGAUUGAAGACGAAUAACGCCUUUUCCGCCUGAAAGCUUCACUUCUUUAUCUCGGAAACAGCUACACACGAGUAUAAAGUGCCAGUGCUGUAAAUGAUGUGAAUAGAAUUUGUUUUAAUGAAUGUACUUCUGUCCGCUGGAGUUUAUGUUUUACCUCACAGCACGGAAAAUACACAAAGAUGGACGUAAAUAUCGAUGAAGAGAAUAUUACCGCUUCCGUGAGGAAACUUUGUAUCAUCAAUAAAUUAUUUAACAAGCCAAUGUUUUAAAUAUGUCCUGGUCGUUUUUGUUUAUUUCAUGUUUAUUGGUUGUUUUGUGGCGCAUAUAUUUUGAGAUGUGCAGUUAUUUGGCCGCGAGAAAUUUGCUAGCAAAUGCAUAUUAUGUUAUAGGCAUCCGUGCAUUAAUAUCAUAUAGUAAUGAUAUUA